AGUGACCAGGCCAUCGUAUAGAAAUUCUGWGUUGAAGGUUUUGCUAGUGCUAUCAAUUUUAGCAAGUUUUUCGUUCAAAUUUAACUGUAGGAAUGGCAUCUAAAGCGACUGGAAAGAAUGAUAACUUUCGUCGUACUUGGGACAAGGAUGAGUACGAGAAAAAAGCGAAAGAAAGACUUCAAGAAUUGGAAGACGACGACGAACCAAGCUCGUCAAGUCAAAGAAGAGAAGCUCCCAUAAAACGCAAACUUUUAAAGAAAAGAGAAUAUGAAGUUGAUCUAGAGUCUAAUCUUGGCAAAUCUGUAGUAAUUACAAAGAGCUCAACAAUGUCUCAAAGUGGAGGAUAUUAUUGUAACGUKUGUGAUUGUAUUGUAAAAGAUUCAAUCAACUUUUUAGAUCAYAUUAAUGGCAAAAAACAUCAACGAAAUUUAGGCAUGUCUAUGAGAGUCGAAAGGUCUACACUGGAUCAAGUUAAAAAGCGUUUUGAAUUAAAUAAAAGGAAAAGAGAAGAAGAAAAACAAACAGCUGAUUAUGACUUGGAUGAGAGGGUUGCCAUACUUAAGGAAGAGGAAGAACAAAGAAAACAACAAAGAAAAGACUACAAAAGRGAAAAGAAACUAAAAACUCAAGACCAAGAUAGUGGUGUCGAUCCUGACAUGGCAGCCAUGAUGGGUUUUUCAGGAUUUGGAAGCAGCAAGAAGUAGUCCACCUGCAAACGUUUUCACUUUGUAUUAUUGUAAAUAAUUCUCAAGUAUAGUUGUAUUGGACCUGGAUAACACUCCAUUCAUUCUACGUACURGAACACAGAUAAUGUUCAUGCAGUAUAAUGAGACAAAAGGUAUUAAAAACAACGGUGUACAUACUA